GUUAAACGUCUACACAGGAAGUUUGCCUCAACCGUGUAUAAAGGCGCUUCCGGUAGGUUAUGGUUCCUAAAAGCAUAGUUUGAAACACUGAAGAGUCGAUGUUACAUAGAAUAAAAAACGCAUAGGGCCAACAUGAACUACGUACCGGGGACAGCUAGUCUCAUAGACGACAUAGACAAGAAACACUUGGUGCUGCUCCGUGAUGGAAGAACAUUGAUUGGGUAUCUUAGGAGCAUUGAUCAGUUUGCCAAUUUAGUAUUUCACCAGACCGUGGAACGGAUUCACGUGGGAAAGAAAUUUGGCGACAUCCCUAGAGGGAUAUUUAUUGUGAGAGGAGAGAAUGUGGUUCUGCUCGGUGAAAUAGAUGUGGAUAAACCCUGUGACACAGUUUUGCAACAAGUCCCUAUUGAAGAGAUUCUGGAGGAGCAACGACUUCAGCAACAAGCCAAACAAGAGACUGAAAAAGUCAAAAUGCAGGUGCUGAAAGACCGAGGUCUUUCCAUACCAAAGGCUGACAAUUUGGAUGAAUACUAAAACAUAUUUUUGUUCUGGGACUUGAGAUUUUUAUGUUGAAACCUUGUUUAAGAAGGCACUUGUGUAUCUUUUUACAUAGUACACAGUAGGAGCAAAUACUGUAUACAUUUAAUUUGAUCAUGUUAAGAAAAUGAACGUGCUCAUUUUUGUGAGUCAUGAUGACGAUCAUGAACUAAACUGAAUUAAUAAUAAUCAUGUUUGGCAUUUAUGUUACUGCAGCACUUUUAAAAUUACUGUCUAGACUUUUUAAUUUGGUGAUAUGUACACUUGUACAUGACAGUUAUAACCCAAUUAAAGUAUAUAGUUUUCCGUAUUGUAA